AUGCAGUUUUACUUAACAGCGGGAAUAGUACUCGGUAUUGAUAGUAAUCAACCAGAAGCCAUCGGACAAGAUCUAAGAGAAUACUUAAUGACAUCUACGCUGCAUGGUCUACGCUACAUUGGAGAAAAAAAACUUACUUGGUGUGAACGAUUUUUCUGGCUAGCCGCGUUUGGCAGCUCUUUGGUCUGUGCAGCGUUUUUCAUUUUGAACGUGUACGCGAAGUGGCGCACGUCCCCUAUGAUAGUGAGCAUCAACCCGGAGAACAUGCCACUCAAUCAACUUGCUUUCCCCGCAAUAACUAUCUGCAAUGUUAACCAAGCGAAGAAAUCUGUUGCUGAGAGAUACAAUCAAUUCGGAGAUCCGAUCGACAAAAAGUUACUUCAAAGCCUGUGCUCAACGCAGACUGAUGCUGAUAUUUUUGAAGAUGAAUAUGGUGAAGGAGCGGAUUGGCACCACACGCGAUCUUUUCUCAUCAAUGUUAGUAAUCUAUUGAAGCAACUGAACGAUAUGAACUUUACUUUUCCAUUACCAUCUGUGGAUUGGACGCCUGAAACUGGAUAUCCUGCUGAUGCACCUGCAGAUGGGUUUCCUUGGAGACCUAAAAUUCUUCUGCACAAUCCAACAGAGAACCCAAAUAUAGCUAAAUUAGGAGAAGUGUAUGGAACCGGCAUAGAGGCCCGCGUGGCCAUUGAACCACGGAUACUGGAUGCACAGCCCACAUUAAAAUAUAUUGAUGUCAAUAAGAGGCUCUGUUUAUUUUCAAGUGAAAAGGAUUUAGUAUUUUACAGAACAUACACGCUAAGGAACUGUGAAAUGGAAUGUGAAGCUCGAAUUAUGCUAGAUAUUUGUAAAUGUGUGCUUUAUUAUAUGCCUAAAAAUAAAACAACACGAGUGUGUGGCAAAGGAGAUGCUAAGUGUUACAGCAAUAUGAAAAAAUAUGUACCAGAUGACAGCCAAAGAGCUUGUGAGGAAUGCUUGCCGGCCUGCACCGAGAUAUCUUACUUCGAGCGGCCGAGCGCGGCGCCGCUCAACAAGGCGCUUGUGGGGCACUACACGCAGGGUAUUACCCUCGCACAAAACCAAACUCCAGAAUAUUUCACG